AUGGCAGCCCUGACCAACCUUUCCAGCACUGUCGACCCUGACCCGGGGCCUGCCGCCCCCGCGUUCAUCCCCCUCGAAUGCAACCCAGAGCUGAUGACAGAUCUGAUCCAUCAGCUCGGCGCCUCCCAGAAACUCGAGAUUCAGCAAAUCUGGUCCCUCGAACCGUCAGAGAUGGAGUUCUACGCCAGGCCCGCGCAUGCUCUCAUGCUCGUCUUCCCUGUCACGGCCACAUAUGAGACCGCCCGGAUGGCAGAGGAUACAAAGACGGAGUACAGCGGCAAGGGGCCCCAAGAGCCGGUCAUGUGGUUCAAGCAGACAAUCAAGAAUGCUUGUGGAUUUAUGGCGCUGCUUCACGCUGUGGCCAAUGUGCCUUCCAAAGACACUUUGCUAGAGGAAGGAUCCACACUGCACAAGAUCAUCACCGAGUCUGUCGAUCUAGGCCCCCUUGAGCGGGCCAGGCUUCUGGAGAACUCGAAAGAGCUUGCCGAUGCCUACAAGGUAGCUGCCUCGAGCGGCGACACGGCGGCACCCGACGCGGAGGAUCAGGUCGACCUCCACUAUGUCUGCUUCGUCAAGGGUUCUGACGGUCAGCUGUGGGAGCUUGAUGGACGCCGCGCUCAGCCCUUGGCGCGUGGCUUGAUAGGCGACCAGGAAGACAUGCUGGGCGAGAACGCCUUGACUUUGGGGGCCAAGAAGUUCCUGGAGGAUGGCAAGGACAACAAGCAGCUGAGCGAGAGCUUUGCAGCUGUGGCCCUGAUUGAGCCAUAG